AUGUCUAUCAUAGGUUUAGGAUUUAUAGGAGCAGCUGCUCUAAUUUUUGUUUAUUGCUCUGUCUGGAUAUUUGCUACUCCUUUCUUGCCUGCGUAAAAUCCAAUUCAAAAAUUCUUUUUACCAAUUUCAGUCUUAACAAUUGGCCCACAUAUUUUGCUUUUAGUAGCCCUACUUGGAGUAGCAGCAUUUUUAGUGAAAUCAAAUGCUGAUAAAAAGAAAAAGAAUUGA